CCGCCGCCGCGCCCAACGCCACCACCACAGCAAAUCCCGUCCAGAAACCCGACGCUCCCUCACCAGAAUGGAGCGCCCGCAGCCAGCAGUGGCGGCGGCGGAGGAGGCCAUCGCGCUCUACGACACCUACUGGUUCCACCGCCUCGUGCUCCACAGCUACUCCCCUGCCCCCGCGCCUCUGCCCCCAACACCGCCGCCGCCUGCGCUCGAGCAGCAGCAGCAGCCGGGGCAGGCACCGGCGGAGAGCAACCGGGAGCUGCAGCGGGCUCCGACCGGGCUGCGGCACCGCCGGACGCGGAGCGACGAGGCGAAGACCGCCACCUUCGACACGCUGGAGCCGCUCAAGAUCCCCCACGCCCACCGCGCCAGGCUCGAGACCAUCCUGUCCGGGAAGGACGGGCUGGCCGCGCCGGCGCCGCAGCUGCAGCCGGAGCGGCGGCGGCGGGCGGGAGGGAGGAGGCGGAAGCAGCAGGCGCGCGGGCGGAGCCUGUCGGAGCUGGAGUUCGAGGAGGUCAAGGGCCUGCGGGACCUCGGCUUCACCUUCUCCGAGGCCGACGUCGACGCCGAGCUCGCCUCCAUCGUGCCGGGCCUCCGCCGGCUGCGCGCGGCCGAGGAGAAAGAGGCCAAGAAAGCCGAGGCGGCGGCCGCGGCGGCGUGCGCCGAGGAGGAGGCUUGCAGAACCAGGGCGGCCUCGGCGUCGGCGCCGAGGAGGAGGCCGUACCUGUCCGAGGCGUGGGAGGACGAGGAGGCGGAGGUGAGGAGGGUGCUCAGCACCUUCAGGAUCCCGGCGGCCGACGGCGGCGCCGACCUCAAGGAGCACCUCCGCCUCUGGGCGCACAACGUCGCCUCUGCCGUCCGAUGAUGAUUCUAAGUUUGACCGGGAAGAAACUCCAUUUCUCUCCUUUUUUUUGGCCGUCCGUUGGCAAAGAUCAAAUGUAAAUACUUUUUGCCAUGUACGUGUUUCUUCGAUCGAGCUAUUUGAUUACCAGAGCUAAGAUUAGUUUUGAUUGAUGAUGUAAAAAUGUUAUAAGCUCUUGCAAGCAACACAAAGCAAAUGUGAAAGAAAGAGGCGAAGAAAA